UCCGUCCGUCACACUCGGUGACACUGAGAGAUGGCUGCUGCGGCUCAGCCAGUGCUGCUCGGCCCACUGCCCCCAAGACACCGGUCCCGGUGUCAGCCUUUGCGGGGGAGCCGGCCAGGCCUUACCACGGCUCCCGCAGAGCCCCCUGACUCCACGAGGGGCUGCGUGGGGGUGGGGGCUCCCGUCUCAGAACUAGAGAAAGCCCACGGGGACGUGGGACAGGCAUGCGCGACCCCCUCAGUGGCUAACCUGGCUCUGCUUGGCUUCCAGGGUGACCCUGGCCCCUCGGGCCCACCCGGACCGCCGGGAGAAGACGGAGACAGGGGUGACGACGGAGAAGUUGGGCCCCGAGGGCUGCCUGGGGAACCGGGGCCGCGCGGUCUGCUGGGACCGAAGGGUCCUCCGGGCCCCCCGGGACCUCCCGGUCUGCCAGGCCCUCAGGGCGCCAUCGGGCCCCCAGGAGAGAAGGGUCUGCCAGGCCCUCAGGGCGCCAUCGGGCCCCCAGGAGAGAAGAUGGCAGUGGAUGCCGCCGUCGGGGCCUCUGAGGGCCUGGAUGGAGCCCGGCUGCAGUUUAGGGAGUGGGUCCCCUCCACGGUGGAUCCGGCCGUCGCCCGGGCCAGGCCUUGUUCCGGUUCCGCAGAAGCAGCAGCCGCGGUCAGCCGCUGA